AUGCUAGGGAUACUACUCACGUUCGUUAAAGCUAAGUACAUCGCCGAAAGUCAAGGUUAUCGCGACAUCCACAUAUUUUGCGACAACCAAUCCGCCGUCAAAACCAUCACUGAUCUUUCACUACACCCAUGCCAAUUUGCGCCCAGAACGUUCAUGAACCACACACCAACGUUUCUCAUGAACCACCCCAAUCGCAAAAUCCAUAUCACAUGGGUCCCAGAUCAUGACAGAAUAAUCGGCAACGAAAUGGCGGACCGACUGGCAAAUCAAGGAGCUAACGUUCCUCCCACCCCAAUUUUCAACCGCACCACAGCAUGGCGGGACCAGACGAAGAGCCGCAUCAACUCGAAUUACUACAUCCCUGGACGACCUGCGCUCAAACUCCACCCGAUAUUCAACGAGAGCAGACUAGGCAGGGACAUCGAAUGCCGACUUGUCCAAUUCAUAACUGGACACGGCCAUUACGGCGAGUACCAUGCUCAAUUCCACCACGAUGUAGACCCAAGAUGCGCUUGCGAGGAGUGGGAAGAGACAAUCACACAUUUAACCACGUCCGCCCCGCUACGGCGGGACACAGGGAAAUCCUUCAUGAGUUCCCUACUGGAGUGUCUAGAUCAUCACUGUUUGGCUCCCAUUUAG